GGUGCCGCGACGCGCUCCCGCCAGGCCCAGAUAAGGACGCGGCUUGCGCGACCCGGGACCGCCCACUCGCGUAUUUCCCGCUGCCCCAGAGCGCCGCUGCCAACCCGGGUUCGGUGCUGGGCGCUGCGGGAGGCUGCCGAGCCAGUGGCAUUUUGGUUUGGAAGAUGACACGCAGAACACUUGCCUCUUUUCCUGGCUGCCAACUCGCUGGCAAAAAAGCGUGACACAAGGUUGAUGUUUGCGUCUGCCUCUCCAAGGUCAAGGAAUUAUCUCCUUAGAAGGCAACAGUACUAUGCAUGUUAUGAAUUGUGUCUCCCUGGCCAGUGAUAAAGAAAAUGGGAAUAUCGCCACAGCAGCUGGAUUCAUGAUCGGGCAGGAGUCACCCCCAGCCUCGCCACCGCCGCCACCUCCACCCCCUCCACCUCCACCAUGUCUGUACUCAGGGAAAGGAUGCUCCCCCUCCCCUCCUCCUCCUCCACCGCCUCCACUCCCCGGGGGGCCUCCUGGACCCCCUCCCCCUCCAGGACCACCCCCCACGUCGCACAUGAAUGGCUACAGUUCUCUGGGUAAGAAGAGGAUGAGAAGCUUUUUUUGGAAAACCAUUCCAGAGGAGCAAGUUCGCGGCAAGACCAACAUCUGGACCUUGGCCGCUAGGCAGCAGCAUCACUACCAGAUCGACGCCAAGACCAUCGAGGAGCUCUUCGGGCAGCAAGAAGACACCAGCAAGUCUUGCCUCCCCAGGAGAGGAGGAUCUUUAAAUUCAUCCUUCAGGGACGCGCGGGAAGAGAUUACCAUCUUAGAUGCAAAACGGAGCAUGAACAUUGGGAUAUUUCUUAAGCAAUUUAAGAAGUCUCCUCAGUCCAUUGUAGAAGAUAUUCAUCAAGGAAAGAGUGAGCAUUAUGGAUCAGAGACGUUGCGGGAAUUUCUGAAGCUUUUGCCAGAGUCGGAAGAGGUAAAGAAGUUGAAAACGUUCAGUGGCGAUGUGUCCAAGCUCUCCCUGGCUGAUUCCUUUCUGCACUGCUUAAUUCAGGUGCCAAACUAUUCACUUCGGAUUGAAGCCAUGGUGCUAAAGAAGGAAUUUUUACCUUCCUGUUCUUCCCUGUACACAGAUAUAACAAUUUUAACAAAGGCUACACAAGAGCUGAUGUCCUGUGAGGAGCUACACUCAAUAUUACACUUGGUGCUCCAGGCCGGGAACAUCAUGAACGCAGGAGGGUAUGCCGGCAAUGCGGUGGGAUUUAAACUAUCUUCUUUGCUCAAAUUGGCUGACACAAAAGCAAACAAACCCGGGAUGAAUCUCUUGCACUUUGUGGCACAGGAAGCCCAGAAGAAAGAUGCCAACCUUCUAAACUUUUCUGAAAAGCUGCAUCAUGUUCAGGAGACUGCUAGAUUAUCUCUGGAUAACGCCGAGGCAGAGCUGCACUCGCUCUUUGUCCGGACGCGAUCGCUCAAGGAAAACAUCCAGCAGGACAGAGAACUCUGUCAGCAGAUGGAAGAUUUCCUCCAGUUUGCGCUGGAAAAGCUGACCGAGCUGGAGCGCUGGAAACGGGAGCUCCAAGGUGAAGCCCACACACUUAUAGAUUUCUUCUGCGAAGACAAAGAAACCAUGAGACUGGACGAGUGCUUCCAGAUAUUCAGAGACUUCUGUACCAGAUUCAACAAAGCAGUUAAGGACAACCACGAGCGGGAGGUGCAGGAGCUGAGGCAGCUGCAGCGGCUGAAGGAGCAGGAACAGAGGAGGCGUUCCUGGGCCACUGGGGAGCUCGGGUUUGGCCGGAGCAGCAGUGAGAACGACGUAGAGCUGCUGACCAAGAAGGGUGCCGAGGACCUGUCCCCUUUCCUGCACCCCAGGCCCAUCAGCCCCUCCUACCGGCCGCCCAACACCCGCCGCUCCCGCCUCUCCCUGGGCACCUCCGCUGACCGCGAGCUGCUGACCUUCUUGGAGAGCAGCACCGACAGCCCCGAGGUGCUCAACAAGUUCAACAGCUUGCCUCGGAGGAGCCCCCGGCAGGCCCGGCCCUUGGUGGCCUGGAUGGAGCCCGGAGAACCAAGGGAUGGAGGCCCCAGCGUGGCACAAGAACCUCAGGCCUCAGAGGGCCAAGAGAAGGCCACCGAGCUGCCCUCAGCUUGGCAGAGCCAGCCUCCAGCCCCCCAGCCUGAGGAACCUGCCUCUGCUUUCCCCCGAGCCCAGCGCGUGGGGACCAGCAUCCUCCGCAAGAGGAACAGUGAGCCGGUGGGCUUGGGUCCAGCGUGGGCCCCUCCACUCUCACCGUUGGCUCUGGGCAUUAAGGAGCAUGAGCUGGUGACAGGGCUGGCCCAGUUCAGCCUUCAGGGUCCCAAGGGCCCGGAGGAGACAUCCCGUUUAACCCUGAGUGACUUCAGCCCAGUGGAGCUGGAGUCUUCCAGUGACGGGAACCCACCGUCCCUCAGUGCUGGCAGUGACAGUUUGACACCCGUGGGCAGGGGACCCAGGGAGGGUCUCAGCCCAGCCCCGGAGGGUGACAGGGCCACCCCAGGCCAGCCCAGCAGCGCAGCUGUGGCCUCUGUGGGUAGCAGUGACCUCGAGAACAAGGAUCCCGGGCCUCCGUUGUGUGCCUCCGACACCACCGACUGCUCGCUGACCCUGGACUCCGAGGGAGCCGACGGUGGACCUGGGCAGCGGGGGCCGGAGGGAGAGCGGGAAGGGGACGGCUCUGUGUCCUCUGGGGUUGGGGAGAUGGCGAGCAGCCAGGUCUCCUCUAACCCUGCUUCCGGCACCCCUGGCGAGGUUCCUUCUCCGGCCUCCAUGAAGAGCGAGCCAGGCUGCAAGAGUGACCUUCCCAGGGACAGGCCUAGCAAGGGGAAGGAUGUGACAGGGCCAAAGAGAAACUCCUUCAAAGAGGCAUCUUUGGGGGCUGCCAAGCCUGGGACCGUCCGGCGGAGCCAGGGCGCAGCGCCCAAGCCCGUGCGGACCUUGAACACCUCAGAAAACGAGAGCAUGCGCAAGGUGGUGCCCAUAUCCAGGUCCGGCCGGGGCUCUGGGGCCUGGAAGCGGCCGGAGCCGCCCUCCCGCGGCUCCCCUCGCGACACCCCCAGCAGCACAUACGUGCUGUCACGCCGGAGCUCGGUGAAGGGGACCUCAGACACAUCGCCCAGGAGGUCCCCCAUGGGGGCCGUGGCUGCCGGAACAGCGGCCGAGGAGCAGAGGCUGUCCCGGGGGAGUAGCAACACCCGGCCGGGGAAGGAGGCCCCCCUGCAGCCCAGGGGCUCCCUCAAGAAGCCCAGUGCCAAGCCCCUCCGGAACAUCCCCAGACAGAAGCCUGAGGAAAAUAAGGUCUGCCGCUCCGCCUCCCAGGGCCCCGAGAGCCCUGAAGAAGAGCCCAAGGCCCCACCGGCCCCCAGCGUCCCCCGUGUUCCGCCCCCGAUCCCAAGCUUUGCCCGAAACACAGUGGCCUCCUCCUCUCGGUGCCAGAGGACGGAUUCCCCUGCUGCAGCCAGAGCCCCGGGCAUCACUCGGACGGUCUCCCAGCGGCAACUGAGGGUAAAGGGCAGCCCCGAGGAUGCUGCCUCCAAGGACAGUAGCGUCCUUAGGCGGGCCAGCAGUGCCCGGGUUCCCAAGAAGUGCCCGGAAUCUGCCGACAGCCCGGGUGCCAACUUGGAGGCCCCUCCAAAGGGCAGAGGGCUUGGGGAAAGGGCCUCCCUUAGGCUGAAAGACUCAGGUCGGACCACACUGGGGAGGAUCCUGAAUCCAUUGCACAAGUGAUGGGUACCUGUCUGCCUCCAUCGUCUCCUGGGAUUCAGAUGGUGAGGACUGACCUCUGGGAUGAGGCUGGGAAGAGGCCAAAACUGAAUGUCUUUGUUACACAUUAAGCAAUCCACUGGUGCAGGAUCAUAUCACUAAAGGUACAAUGUGGGAGGCCUGUGGACUGCAGCCUGCUGUGUGGACUCCUGUGGUAGGACCCAGAGUCCAGAGGCACAGUCACUACUAUGCCAGGACCCCAGUGCCUCCCUCACACACCCUGGACCCUAAUCCUGACUCCUUCCUGCAAGACAAAGGUUCCUUGAUGGACUCACAUAUAAGAUGGCAUUCUUAUGUAACAAGUGAAAAACGUUUUUCUGGCCAGUUUUUAUAUAUGUAAGACUUAUUUUUUAAUAUUAUAAAAAAUAAAAUGAUGUUUUAGUUGGU